UUCUUUCAAUUCUAGACUGCCGCAUGAAGGCAAAGUGGGGGGAGGAGGGGGGAGCGAAUGGAUGGAAAGAUGCUCAAUGACUGAAUGACCAGUGGCUUGUUUGCAGGUUUGUCCUCCGCCAACCUCCACCAUGGAGUCCACUCACCUCCUGGGCAGCGGUAAGAAGCGGGUCAAGAUCCACCCCCACACGGUCACGGCCAAGUACGCCACGCAGAGCCCUUAUUCCCCUCAACCCAGCAUCCACACGCACUUCCCCCAGCCCGGCGACGAGGGCUACGACGACGCGCCGUCCUUCGAGGACUUUGGCUCCUUCCUGGAGGAGACGUCGGACAGGAAGCGACUGACGGAAGCCAAGAGGUGGCCGCUCACUCUGUUUGGUUCCAAGGACAAGGCCACCGCCCCGAGACCUCCGGCUGGCAAGAGCGGGGAGGGCGGCGAAGCUGGACCCAGAGUGGCCAAAGGUCCCGGGAAGGGGGUCGAGGAACAACUGGCCAGUUUCGGGGAGGCCUCGGUGUCUGCGUCUCGGCUCACCUGGGUGGGGCUGCUCGGGGCGGCGCUGGCGAACGGCUGCACGGUGGUUCUGACCCGGGCGGCCUCGGAACACUUUGGCCUGGGCCCCCUCUUUCUUCUACUGGUUCGGUCCGUGGUACAGCUGUUGUCCGUGGCUGUGCCGCUGCACAAGGGGGAGAACCCUUUCGGACCGGAGGGCUACCGCCUCCGUCUGCUUUGUUACGGCGUGGCCUACUCGCUGUCCCUGUGCUGCGCUUACUCCUCGCUGACCUUCAGCUCCCAAGAAGACGUGGCCCCCGCCUGGCGGCUGGCCACCACGGUGUUGUCCGCCACGCUGGCCUUCCUGUUGCUGGAGGAGCGUCUGGGCUUGGCGGACGCCAUCACCCUGGCGGCCGGACUGUGCGGCUUGGGGGUUCUGCUGGUUCCCGCUGCAGAUGAGAGCAAUUCCGAUUCCCAGACAGACCCCGUGGUAUUCUGGAGGGGCGCGUUUGGGUGGUCCCUGUCGGCGUUGGCGGGGCUGUGGAUGGCCCUGGCGCUGGUGGGGUACCGCUCCCUGAAGGAGAGGGUCAGCGUGGCCACCGCGCUGUUCACAGUGAGCUGGACGGGCUGCCUGCUGGCCCCGGCCACGGCGGUCCUGCUGCAGGAGGGCUGGUCCUGGCCAGCCAGCGCUCCCGGCUGGGGGCUGGUGGCGGCCUUGGUGGUCUGCUCGACCGCCGCCUUCCUCGGGGUGACGCACGGCCUCGCCCGCAUCCACCCGGCGCUGGUGUCGGCCAGCCAAAGUCUGGAGGCGCCCCUGGCCACGGUGGCCCAUCUGGUCAUGGCCCAGCUGGCCCCCGGUGCCCCUGAAGUGGUCGGGAACGCCAUGGUGAUCUUGAGCGUUGGCUGGUUGGUGACCGUGAAGCUGCUGCCCUCUCGCGGGGCCAGCCGACGUCACCGGGAGGAAUACGAGGAGAUUCUCGACUCGCCCAUUAAAUAAGACGCUUUGACCAGCACACUCUCGCCACCGUGUCACUUGUAAAAGCUCACUGGAGCUUUUUUUUUUACCUCCACCAAGCACAAAGUUAGAUUUAGGAGGUUGUGUGUUGAUUAUUCCUGCUUUGUAUUCACUGUUUGGCCUGGGUGGAGAUCAUUUGUGCUGUCUUUUUUGAAUUUGUAACUUUUUGGGGAAGGAUAAAAGAAAAAGUGCCAACGUGGUGUCUUCUGUUAAUGUGACAAUAAAAUCUCGCUGGUGAACAAAC